GCACGCCCAGACCCAUUCUCCGGGGCUCGGAGUGCGAGAGAGCCACGCGGCCGCGGUGUGGACCCGGCGCGGGUGAUCGUCCCGCGGGCCGGGCUCGUAGAGCAAGGAAGAGAAGCCGUCGCAGGAUCUGCACACAUCUACAACUCCCUAUUACUUUUUGUGCAAAUUCCUAACUCUGCCCGACGACGUUCGUCCAAGGGGACAGGCAUGGGGUGUUUGGGCAACAGCAAGACCGCAGAAGACCAGGGCGUCGAUGAAAAAGAACGACGCGAGGCCAACAAGAAGAUCGAGAAGCAGUUGCAGAAGGAGCGUCUGGCUUACAAAGCGACUCACCGCCUGCUGCUACUGGGGGCUGGUGAGUCUGGGAAAAGCACUAUCGUCAAACAAAUGAGGAUCCUGCAUGUCAAUGGAUUUAAUCCAGAGGAAAAGAAACAGAAAAUUCUGGACAUCCGGAAAAAUGUUAAAGAUGCUAUUGUGACGAUUGUUUCUGCUAUGAGUACUAUCAUCCCCCCAGUUCCACUGGCCAACCCAGAAAACCAGUUUCGAUCAGACUAUAUCAAGAGCAUAGCUCCUAUCACCGACUUUGAAUAUUCCCAGGAAUUCUUUGACCACGUGAAGAAGCUUUGGGACGAUGAAGGCGUGAAGGCGUGCUUCGAGAGGUCCAACGAAUACCAGCUGAUUGACUGCGCACAGUACUUCCUGGAAAGAAUCGACAGUGUCAGUCUGGUGGACUACACGCCCACAGACCAGGACCUUCUCAGAUGCAGAGUGCUGACAUCAGGGAUUUUUGAGACCCGAUUCCAAGUGGACAAAGUAAACUUUCACAUGUUUGAUGUCGGCGGCCAGAGGGACGAGAGAAGAAAAUGGAUCCAGUGCUUUAACGAUGUCACAGCUAUCAUUUACGUCGCGGCCUGCAGCAGCUACAACAUGGUGAUUCGGGAGGAUAACAACACCAACAGGCUCAGAGAGUCCCUGGACCUUUUCGAAAGCAUCUGGAACAACAGGUGGUUACGGACCAUUUCUAUCAUCUUGUUCUUGAACAAACAGGAUAUGUUGGCAGAAAAAGUUUUGGCAGGGAAAUCAAAAAUUGAAGAUUAUUUCCCAGAGUAUGCAAAUUAUACUGUUCCCGAAGACGCAACACCAGAUGCAGGAGAAGAUCCCAAAGUUACACGAGCCAAGUUCUUUAUCCGAGACCUGUUUUUGAGGAUCAGCACAGCGACAGGGGAUGGCAAGCACUACUGCUACCCACACUUCACCUGUGCCGUGGACACCGAGAACAUUCGCAGGGUGUUCAAUGACUGCCGUGACAUCAUCCAGAGGAUGCACCUCAAACAGUACGAACUCUUGUGAGGCAGCCCUGGGGCAGGCGGGCGCGCCUUCUGGCACCUUUCUCUCCGCCUGCCUCUCCUCCCUUGGCCACCCCACCAGGUGGAGCAUUUAUUCCAGGAUUGUCCGCCAACCCCAAACCAUGGUAGAAAGUAGGGAGUUCCUGGUUUCACCCGGCUGCCGCCCUGUCCUGUUCUGUGUUGGCUCCUGUGUGACCACCAAGCCUCUGGCUACCUCUGUUCCCCUCAGGUUUGGUUUGUAGCUUUUGUUUUCACUGAAUACAAUUUUCCAUGGCCUCCCCACCCCAACCACUUUGUGUCCCUGCAAGCCAUUCGGCGAUGGGGGAGAAAUGGCACUUUUUUUCUGAAUUAUCAAGCAUGAUUUUGGUAGCAGGGGUAUAAUGCGGUGAGCCACAUGCUUUGUGAUUCUAGCUUUAUGAAGCUGCAGGUGGGCAAGGGGCCGCCUCUUCUGAGCUGCACCAGUCCAAGGGCGAGGCUAGACCUCAAGUCACAGGGUGGAGAGAAACCCCUUUGUAGUCAUAUUUGAGUCAAUGCCAACCUCAGGCAUUAAGUUAGACGUACUCUGAGCAGAAAACCUACCACAUUCACCACUAGAAAGUAUGUCCUGUCUAAACAUGAUUCUCUAGAGUUUGAGAUGCUUGGACAAGAGUCUCCCCUCAUAUAUUGUUGUUUUGUUGUUUUACUGCUGGUUUAUUAUAACUGUACAGACCACAAAAUGUAAUAUUAUUUUAUAUAAUUAUUUAAACAUCCUUGUAGAUCUUUGUGCCUUGAUGAUGCUAUGUCUGUAAAAGAAAUGUGUUUAUCGUGCUGAACAGCUAAAUGUGAACAUAACCUGCUGCUUGCUCUAAAAAAGAAAUGGUAUGUGUAGAAUUUAGGAUAGUCUUCAGGUUAGUGCUUUUAAAAAUAUCCUUGAUUAAAUAUAUAUGUAUACAUAUAUGUAUAAAUUAUCCACAUUAAUCAUUCAUAUUUUACAAAUAAUUUUGUACCAACAUCACAAGGUUUUCAGGAACCAAGGAUUUUUUUUUCUCCAGACAAUAUGUCUUUUGAUUAUUUUCCUAUUUGAAGACUUUUUACAAGGUCCCUGAGUGGAAACAGGUCAACCAUUCCCUCUAGUGAAAGUUUCUGAACCACUUCCUUGGGCCACAGCUCACAGCUUCCAGGGUAAACAAAGAGCAGGAAGACAAAGGGGUGUCAAUGUUCGCGUCCAGCCUGAGAGAGUCAAAGGAUGGCACCUCCAUUUGCCUGCUCUCAGGAAGAAACACGACACACCCUUAUUUGGAAUACACAGUCAAAAUACAUGGCUAUUUCUCACUCUUGAAAGAUCUGUAAGCGCAGCCUCCAAAGUUACAGCUCAGUCUCUGGAAGUUGAGAAUCACUGUAGCGGUGACGCUUCGUGUUCUAUCGGCAGCCACGGCUUUGAGGGUAGUCCGUUGUCUUCGGUGCGAGAUAAUCGGCAACGAUGUCCAAAGCUCUGGUUCAACACUACAGAUCCAGAGGUAACAGCCUCACUGACACGGCUUCAUUUCCUUCAGUCUGUAGUAUUUUAAGGUUUACUCUGAAUCAGCAUUUUGUAAUCCUUUACAAAUAUAUCUAGACUUAAAUACUGCUGUUCCAUGAAAGAAAGGGUAACUUUGUAGACCAUCAGAAGGAUAAGCACAUCAUUUAUGUCAGCAUCCCUAAAUUCCUGCACCUCUCUUCCCUGUUUCGUAAAACCCUGAUCUGAAAUGAGACAUGUGAAGUGGAAAUUAUUGUGCUUCCAUUGCACUUUCCAUGUAAAAUGUGGACUGAAGAGCCACGCCCCCCACAUGCACAGAAAGCGAAGCUGCAUAUUGUUACAUGCAUCAUCACUCAGCAGUAACUCGACUUCCUCUUCAAACACAGAGCCAGACUCUUAGAGAAGAACACAGUUAACCUGGCUUAAAAUGAUCAAGACAUAUUUAUUUUUAAGUACCAAAAGCCACUUCCUGCUCUCCGUCGAGUUUCUUUUGAUCACGGAUAGGCAUUAUAUUCAGAUUGAACCGCGUGGCCUGCUGGAGAGAAAAUUACACUUAGCUAAAAAUCUGAUUCCCGUAUGGGCACAGAAGUACAAAAGUCUGUGAAAACACUAUAUCCUGCUUCUGGCAGCCGUACUUUUGUUUUAAGUGUACAGCUUUACAAUAUGCAGGAGUCUGAGGCCCACGCCACAGGCCGACAGAAGCAAGCCCGGUGUUUGUGCGCCCAUCAUCCCCGGUGCCGCCUCCAUCUUGGGGAAGGAAGGACAGCAUAGUGCAUGCGAGUGAGAUUUUAACAGCUUUUACAUACUGUACAGACAUGACUUUGGUUACACAUAUAUUUGAUAAACCAAGAAAACAGACUUGUUGUAGAGCACAUGUUCCAUUUUUAUAGCAUGAGAACAGUACAAUCAACUAUUUACCCUGCAGAUGCGCAUCCAUGACUUACAGGUUCUGUGAGGGGUGGAAAGGCCGCCUACUCGGACCCCUUCUCACAUGGGCGCCACCCAGAGUUGUUUCCCUGGCCUUGUUAUUUGUGAAGAAGGGCAGAAUCGUCUCCUGCGCUUUACGUUGUCUUAAGUUUUCUGAGCAGGUUCCAGCCAAAGAGGAAAGGCGAGGCGAGGAGCUUACAGUAGAGGGCCGCGAGGAGCCCAGCUGCGACGCAGUACGCGGCCAGGACGGCGUUCUCGCGGGGGAGGAAGCACUUGGCGAGGGCGUGCCGUGUGGCCGUCAGGCUGCCCUGGGAAGGGAGCACAUUGACGCUGCGGUGAGAGCGCUGCCGCAGCACCAACGCGCCAGGCUUAGACACAAGGCACGAGAGGCGGCCUUCUGGGCCUCCUCAGGCGGGGCCAGGAAGUGGCUCUCCUCCCCCCGAGACUAAGGGGCACGGGCUCCACGAGCCACCCACCCACCGCAAGCACCGAUCGGAGGCACGGGGCGGAGGCGCCCAGUGUGCCGAGUGGAGCUGGCCUCUCCCCUGAAACCGGGCCCCGGCACAGCGGGCUCGCCUCAAGUGCAGUGGGCACACCUGACAGAGACGCCCGAGGCGUGGAGCUUGACGGCAGCGGGCACUGAGAAACGAGGGGUACAAGCCCAUUUCUCGUGGCGCUUGAUGCUAACGUAAGCAACCUGUUACCCAGAAAUGCGUGCACAGGAGCAUCUCAAUGGGUUUUCUGUAGACAUUUUUGCUAUGUAGAAUGACACUGGGGAACAGUUUCAUUUACUUUGAAUUUGAAAACAUGAGUGUUUCCCCAUUGUUUCAUGAAGUAAAAGUACCUGACAUAAAAGCACUAUGACCUGGGUAAAAUAAACACCAGGUGGCCACUAACUGAAACUUCUCGAAUCCGUUAACUUACAAGAGCUGUGGCCCUAUUCUGCCAGAGCAAACAGGCUUGUUUGGAACAUAAGACGAGAUGCUGGGGUAUGGCUAAUGGAGACAUGAUCCUGUUUCCUAAGAAAAUUAAAAACGGAGAGCCUCAGAUCUGAGAACGGUGCUGUCCCUGGAGAGGAAACACUCUGUAAGGCGGACCCCCACCCUCCCGUCCCCUCCAGGAGCAAUGCUCUGUUUAUUUGUCCCCAGGAAGGUGUUUAAAUAGGGGUCAGUGUAUCAAACCAAGUGCGCGUGUGGAGCAGGGGAAGUUUGUAUUUACAGCUUUUGUAUGUGUUUGCGGAUCGCGGCAAUUAAAUAGUUGAUUACUGUGUUGAUUUCAAUACUUCUAUGAAAGCUUUCAGAUGAAAAUAAAUGUCCACAUUACCAUGAUGAAA